AUGGACUUCCUCUCCACCACCCCCGACCCCCCGAGCAAGACAUACCAGUGUCUGGCAGUCAUCACCCUGGGCGCCAAUGCAACUUCUCGCCGCGGCUCGUUCAAUGACCACGAGGACGGGGGUCCGCUGACCCGCAUCCUCAGCGGCGGGAGACGUAAGAGCCUGGCCGAAGACCGACGCAUGAGCCAGAGCGAGGACAACUCACUCACGCGUAUCCUCAGCCGGAGAAAGAGCCAGGCCGACGAGGACAGGCGUAAGAGCGUACAUGUCGAAGGGGAGGGGCCUUUUUAUUGGCGUUGCAGGGUUGGUGUGACUACGGACAACCUCAUCGUCCUUCCUCUAGCCAAUCCCCCAAACCCAGUCCUCAAAUCCCGCCCUCCGCCGCUAAGCACAUUAGUCCCCACCCGUCCAGGCGCGGACGAAGACCGGCCCCACCCGCCUCACCCUCAAAGCCUGGGCCGGCGUCUCUCGGCGGCCUUCAUACCUCCCAAGAUGGAGAAUGGCGAGGCUGAAGUAGCACACAGCGCGAGGAUUGCGGGUCUGGGACGCCGUCUCUCGGCCGCCUUCAAACCGAUUGAACCCGAGACUCCUGUACAGACACAGCCUAUGCCGGAGAUCAGCGACGACGCCGUCACCUCUGACACCGCCGAGAUACCCACCGAAUCUGGUUUCCCGGGUACUAUCGAGGGGGCGCCUCUUAGCGCAAUCGUGAUCCCACUGAAUAGGAUCAAGCAGGGUGUCAAGAUCAGCGAACGGGAUGGAUUGUAUAUCUCCGUUGGGGUGAACAGCGCCGUUUCGGGGAAGAGUGGGGUUGUGCGGUUCGAGUUUGAGCGCGAGUUGGGUGGUAAAACUGAAGCCGAGCCGCUGCUACGCAGUCUCCAGGCUGGUAUUUCGGGACCUGUUUCUCAAAGUAUCCAGCUUGGCGAGGGCAAUAAGGAUAACAAGGCGCUCGGAGCCUUCUUCGAGUAA